AUUGAUGUCAGGGCGAGAGGCGGAGCUUGAGAGACCAAGAUGGCUGCUUCUAUCCGGGAGAAGCAGACGGUUGCUUUAAAGCGUAUGCUGAAUUUCAAUGUUCCCCUUGUAAAGAGCAGCACAGGAGAGCCAGUAUGGAAGGUUCUUAUUUACGAUCGAUUUGGCCAGGACAUUAUCUCUCCUCUUCUGUCGGUGAAGGAAUUAAGAGACAUGGGAGUCACUUUACAUUUGCUUUUACAUUCAGAUCGUGAUGCUAUUCCAGAUGUCCCCGCUGUAUAUUUUGUAAUGCCCACAGAGGAAAAUGUGGACAGGAUAUGCCAGGACCUAAGGACACAGUUGUAUGAGUCCUAUUAUUUAAACUUCAUCUCCGCCAUUUCUCGCAGCAAACUAGAGGAUAUCGCAAGUGCAGCAUUAACAGCCAACACUGUGUCUCAUGUCUCAAAGGUUUUUGACCAAUACCUGAAUUUUAUUACUUUAGAGGAUGACAUGUUUCUGCUGUGUAACCAAAACAAGGACCUGGUGUCUUACCGGGCUUUAAACAGAUCUGAUAUCACGGACACAGAAAUGGAAACAGUGAUGGACACAAUUGUUGACAGCCUUUUCUGCUUCUUCGUCACACUGGGUGCUGUGCCCAUUAUACGAUGUGCAAGGGGAAAUGCUGCAGAAAUGGUGGCAGUGAAACUUGAUAAGAAACUGAGAGAAAACCUGCGUGAUGCCAGAAACAGCCUGUUCACUGGAGAUAACCUGGGUGCUGGACAGUUCAGCUUCCAAAGGCCUUUAUUAGUCCUCGUGGACAGAAACAUAGACCUGGCAACUCCUCUUCACCACACAUGGACAUAUCAGGCCCUGGUGCAUGACGUUUUGGAUUUCCACCUAAAUAGGGUAAAUUUGGAGGAAGCUCCUGCAGUUGAGAGCAGUCCUUCUGGUGCACGACCUAAAAAGAAGAACAAGAAAUCCUAUGAUCUGACUGUUGCAGAUAAGUUCUGGCAGAAGCACAAGGGCAGCCCCUUUCCAGAAGUGGCAGAGUCAGUCCAACAGGAGCUAGAAUCUUACCGAACCCAGGAGGACGAAGUGAAGCGGCUGAAAACCAUCAUGGGCUUAGAAGGAGAAGAUGAAGGAGCUAUCAGUAUGAUUUCAGACAAUACAGCAAAGCUAACAUCAGCCGUCAGCUCUCUUCCUGAGCUACUGGAAAAGAAAAGAUUAAUAGAUCUGCAUACCAACGUGGCUACAGCAGUCUUGGAACAUAUCAAGACACGGAAGUUAGAUGUCUAUUUUGAGUAUGAAGAGAAGCUUAUGAGCAAGUCUAAUUUGGAUAAAUCACUUCUGGACAUUAUUUCUGACCCGGAUGCUGGAACACCAGAAGACAAGAUGCGGUUGUUCCUGAUCUAUUACAUCACGUCUGCCCAGGCCCCUUCCGAGGUGGACCUUGAGCAGUAUCGCAAAGCUCUGGAAGAUGCAGGCUGCAGUUUGGCACCAUUAAAUUAUAUAAAGCAGUGGAAAGCUUUUGCCAAGAUGGCUUCUGCACCUGCCAGUUAUGGGAUUGGAGCUGCAAAAUCCAAAGGCUUGCUUUCCCGGGUCAUGAAUACAGGCUCACAGUUUGUGAUGGAAGGAGUGAAAAACCUGGUUCUAAAGCAGCAGAAUCUGCCAGUUACCAGGAUCCUUGACAGUUUAAUGGAAGUAAAGUCUAAUCCGGAGACUGACGACUACAGAUACUUUGACCCCAAGAUGCUACGGGGAAAUGACAGCUCUGUCCCAAGAAACAAGAAUCCUUUCCAAGAGGCUAUUGUGUUUGUUGUAGGAGGUGGAAACUACAUUGAGUACCAGAACUUAGUAGACUACAUAAAGACCAAGCAAGGAAAGCACAUUCUGUAUGGAUGCACAGAACUAUUUAAUGCUACACAGUUUGUGAAGCAGCUGUCUCAGUUGGGUCAGAAGUAAGAAGUGGAUCCAUGGCAAUGACUGUGCUCCACUCUAGAACUGUGAUCGUGCAGACUUGUGUAAGCCAUAGGGGACUUGGCCUAGACUUGCACUGUACCAUGAACUCUUCUUGCACAGUGUCAGAUAUCAGAGGGGGGACCUCUCAUCUCAACACUUUUGUAUGUCCUGUGGGGCAUGAUGUACAUUACUAAGCAGUGCUUUACAGCUACCACUGCCAACAAAGAAGCUAAGAGACUACCUUACUAAUCUCCUUCCUUGUUGGAAGUGUCACUCCCAGGAUCAUCGGCAUUAACUCUGCCUCUGUACAAAGAGGGCUUAUUACCAAAUAAAAGCAGAUAAUUGGUUUCAUUUUA